CUGCAAUACAUGCAACGUAUAUAUCUACAUUAGUGUACAGUACCGUACGGUGCGUUACGUGUCGAGUCAGUGGUUUUUCGAUGAUGCCUUAGUGAUGGAAUUUUAAUAUUCAAACGCAUUCCAAAACGUUAAAAUAGAUAAAAAAAAAAGUACCGACCGAUCAUGAAGCUCAUCCUGUAUAUUAUCUCAACAUUGGUAUUGCAAGCAUCAGCUUUAAUCCAAUCUCCACCACGGAUAUCUAAACAACCCCCGACAGAUGAGCAGUUAUUUCAAGUAGCUCAAGCAAAAAUUAAUGAGAAUGAUAAACCAUUUUUAAUUGAAUGUGAAGCUGAAGGAGAACCUGCUCCAAGGUAUCGAUGGAUUAAAAAUGGAAAAAAUUUUGAAUGGCCAGCAUAUGAUGAUCGCAUAUCCCAACAACCUGGUAGAGGUACAUUGGUAAUCUCAAGACCACGAGAUGAAGAUUUGGGUCAAUAUCAAUGCUUUGCAGAAAAUGAAUGGGGAAUUGCAACAUCUAAUUCAGUUUUUGUUAGAAAAGCUGAAUUAAAUUCAUUUAAAGAUCAAAAUCCUAUAAGUUUAGAUGCAAAUGAAGGACAACCAUUUAAAUUAACUUGUCAACCACCAGAUGGUUUUCCAAAACCAAAUGUAUAUUGGUUAAUUCAAGAUACUGCUGGAGGCAUUAAAUCAAUUAAUAAUUCACGAAUGACAUUAGAUCCUGAAGGAAAUCUUUGGUUUAGCAAUGUUACAAGAAACGAUGCUUCCGACGAUUUUUAUUAUGCAUGUGCAGCUACAUCUGUAUUCAGAAAUGAAUAUAAAUUAGGAAAUAGAGUUUUAUUAAAUGUUAUUUCUUCGGGAAUAUCUGCCAGUCAAAAUAAACAUGAUCCUGUCAAACAAUAUGUUAGUAGGAAAAAUGAAGUUGCUUUACGCGGUAAAAAAAUUGAAUUAUAUUGUAUAUAUGGUGGAACACCACUACCACAAAUAGUGUGGAGUAAAAAUGGUGAAGUAAUUAGAACUAAUGAUAGAAUAAUGCAAGGAAAUUAUGGUAAAUCUUUGAUAAUCAAACAUGUUAAUUUUAAAGAUGAAGGAACAUAUACUUGUGAAGCGUCAAACGGGGUAGGUGAUGCGAAAUCUUAUUCCAUACAUUUGCAAGUUAUGGCAGUACCAUAUUUCACUAUCGAACCUGAAAUCAUAAAUGCAGCAGAAGAUGAAACCAUUGAAUUCAAAUGUGAAGCUGAUGGAGUACCUGUUCCUGAAAUAAAAUGGAUUCAUAAUGGAAAACCAAUAUCGGAAGCUCCACCAAAUCCACGUAGAAAAGUUACUUCAAAUUCUAUUAUUAUUGAAAAAUUGACCAAAAAAGAUACAGGAAAUUACGGUUGUAAUGCAACAAAUUCAUUGGGAUAUGUUUAUAAGGAUGUAUACGUAAACGUUUUAGCUCUAGAACCAGAAAUUACACAACCACCUACUGAUAUCGCUACAGUAGACGGUAAAACUGUGAGAAUAACUUGCCGUGUAUUUGGAGCACCGAAACCAGCUGUAAAAUGGAUUCGAAAUGGGCAAGAAUUAACAGGAGGACGAUAUAAAACUUUAGAUUCUGGUGAUUUAGAAAUUGAGAAUGUAAUAUUUUUAGAUGCAGGCAUUUAUACAUGUCAUGCAUCCAAUAAAUUCGGAGAAGUAGAAGGUUCUGGUAAUUUAGUAGUAAAAGAACAUACAAGAAUUACAGAUGAACCAGAGGAUUAUGAAGUUGCUGCAGGUUCUACUGCAACUUUUAGAUGUAAUGCUGUUACAGAUUCAAGUUUAACACUUACGAUCGAUUGGCUAUCUAACGGAGAACCUAUUGAUUUUGAAAUGGAACCACGAUUUAUACGAAGCACUGAUUAUUCUUUAAUGAUCACAAAAACGACUGAACUAGAUUCUGGUACUUAUACUUGUGUUGCUCAUACUGAAUUGGAUGAAGCAAAAGCACAAGCUACAUUAAUUGUCCAAGAUGUACCAAAUGCGCCAAAAUUAAUUAGUGUUACUUGUAUGGCGACUGAAGCUUCUAUACAUUGGACUCCAAUGGGUGAUAAUAGAGCUCCAAUAUUAAGAUACACUAUUCAACAUAAUACUACUUUUACACCAGAUACAUGGGAAAUAUCAAAAGAUGAUGUACCAGCAAUUGAACAAACAUAUAUUGUUCCAAUGUCACCUUGGGCUAACUAUACGUUUCGCAUAUUAGCAUGGAAUAAAAUAGGUACAUCAUUACCCUCACCACAUAGUGAUGUAUGUACUACAUUGCAAGAUGUUCCUUAUAAGAAUCCUGAUAAUGUUAUGGGUAAAGGAACAACACCACAAAAUCUGGUUAUAUCUUGGACAGUAAUGCCUCAAAUCGAACAUAAUGCUCCCAAAUUCAUGUAUAGAAUAUAUUACAGACGUGAUAUACCUGGAGAGAAAUGGACUAUAGAAGAUAUAACUGAUUGGAAGAAAAAUAACCUAGUUGUAGACAAUCAACCAACUUAUCAAAGAUAUAAGAUCAAAGUGGUAGCUAUUAAUGAAAAAGGAGAAUGUAGAGUUGCACCUGAAGAAGUAAUUGGAUAUUCUGGAGAAGAUGUGCCAUUGCAAGCACCAAGCAACUUUACAUUAAAUCAAGUAAAAUCAAGUACAAGCGCACAAUUUUCAUGGAAUCCAGUACCUGAAGAAUCAGUACGUGGUGAAUUAAAAGGAUACAAAAUACAAACAUGGACAGAAAAAGAUGGUGAAAAGGGAAUGCGAGAAAUUGAUAUAAGAGGUGGCAAUAGGACCCAUGCACUAGUUACUAAAUUUAUUCCUUUCAGCAAGAAUUAUGUUCGAAUACUAGCAUAUAAUGGACGAUAUUCUGGACCACCAUCUGAAACUUUAAGCUUUGAUACUCCUGAAGGUGUUCCAGGAGUGGUUUUAAGUCUUGAAGCUUUUCCAAUGGGAUCUAGUGCAUUGUUUUUAGUAUGGACUAAACCUGCAGAACCAAAUGGUAUCCUGACUGGCUAUAGAAUAUAUUAUGAACCUGUAAAUGAAACUAGAUUAGGACCUCUGUUGGAGAGAAAACCACAUAUUACAGAUUCAGAAGCCACUAGUGCAAAACUAGCUAUGUUAGCACCUGAUACAAAAUAUCGUAUACAUAUUCGAGCAACGACAAAAAUUGGUGAAGGAAAUGAUUACUUUAUUGAACAAAAAACACGCACAUCUCAACAACCUGAUGUACCAUUAUUUACCUGGGAAGCUAUUCCAAAAGAAAAUGGAUAUUCAAAUGUAAGAAUUAUUUGGCAGUUGAAUCUUAAUGGAAAUCCAGGAAGUCAUUUCUUUGUAAAAUACAAACUUAAAGGUGAAACAAUACCUCUUAAAACUGAAUCAGAAUAUUUAUCAAAUACAAUUGAAAUUCGUGGACUUCAAAGUGGCGAAACUUAUGUGAUGUCUGUCGUUGCUGUUGAUGGCAACUACUUCGCUGAAAGUGAACCGCAAGAAAUUGAAACGAGUAGCGAAGGACCUAUUAUUCAACCCAAAGAGAAUGUCGCUACUGCAGGAUGGUUCAUCGGAAUGAUGUUAGCAAUUGCUUUUCUUCUUUUGGUACUUAUAAUCGUAUGUGUUAUUAAACGUAAUAGAGGUGGAAAGUACGCAGUACAUGAAAGAGAGUUAGCUGCUGGACGUGGUGAUUAUCCUGAUGAAGGCGGUUUUCAUGAAUAUUCGCAACCUUUAGACACAAAAUCAGCAGGUGGUCGUGCAUCUCUUGCAUCUUCUUCUCAUCAAGAUGGAAAACAUCCUGAAUCUGAUACUGAUUCCAUGGCAGAAUAUGGAGAAGGAGAUACAGAAGGUAUGAAUGAGGAUGGAUCAUUCAUUGGUCAGUAUGGUCGACAUCGUAAACAAGAACCAAAUUCACAAGCAUUUGCCACAUUAGUUUGAGGACGUUUCACAGAAGAUGGUUCUUUCAUUGGACAAUAUGGGCCGAAAGGUAGACCGGAAGAAACACCGCCCAUUCCAAGCGGCACUAUGGCCACAUAUGUGUAACCUCUGGUAUUAUCUUAUUUAAGCCUCAUAUAAUUUGUUUUUUUGUCAAAAGUAAGGUUUUCAAUCCUUACUUAGCUGCAGCAGCUCUGCUAUGCACCUUGCGCUGGGCGCAAUGUCCAACACUAUACUGCCAAUUAGAUUUUGAUUUUGGGUUUUAUAGUUUAUAUAGAAAAAUAAGUAAAUAUUUCUAUGUGUUUAAACCGAAUAAGACUAUAUAAAUCAUAUAUAAUUUGUAUAUUCAUAUCGGUUAAAACAUAAUUCCUCUUAAAUGUUUAAUACAUAUCUAAGUAUGUAUUAUUCAAAUAUUUUAACAAUUUUUUGUACUUUGAAAAAAAUUAAUCUGCGAUAAUUAUUUUUUUUAUGAUAUAUUACAAUACAAAAUACAAUUUGUUAAUCAAUCAAAAAUUAUUUACAAUUAAUGAAUUUGUUAGAUAUUUUUAACUAAUUAUAAAACCCAAAGACGAUAGGUGUUUCAUAGCGUGCAAGCUAUUUAUGGAUAAUAUAGUAAAAAUAUUCUACCAUCGAUCGUAACAUUUAAUAUGGCCAGAUUAAAAAUUGACAUUUCGAAACAUCACAGGGUAGUGAGUUAUAUUUAUAUUGUUCUAAAUAUGUAUGACAUAAAAAGUAUGGUAUUUUUGAGGCUGCAUAUAGGAUUUACGUCUUUCAGAUAAAGAUAAUCAGUAUCAAUAAUUGAUAUUAUCCAAAAAUUAAUUAAUAUGCGAUAUAAGCAAGUAUUACUUAUAUGCAAUCUUAAAAACGAAAGGAUUGACAUCGAAUAUAAUGUCACAAUCUGGCCUGGACUGAAACUAAUUUUAAUUAAAAAAUGAAGAAAAAAUUUGUUCUAAGAAUCUUUAGAUGCAAUCAAUUUUUACUCUGCCGACAAAGGGCCAAAUAUAACAAAACAGUGACUAUCUAUAAUUAUUGUGUGCGUGCACUUUCAUUAAAGAUAUACAAAUAACAAAAAUAUAUAAAAAAUAUCAUCAUCAUCAUCAUCAACAAUAACAAUAUCAUUAUUAUCAUCAGCAUUCUUAUUAUUAUUAUUAAUAAUACUAUUAUUAUUAUUUUUAUUAAGAUAUGAAAAGAACAUCAUACAUGCACUAUAGUAGUUAAAAAAAAGUCACAUGGCCUCUAAUUGUUGCUUUUUGUAUGUGAAAUGUGCUUUAGCUAAGAACGAAAGUUCUUUUUAAUUAUUAAUAUUUAUCUUCCUUUUGGUAAUUUGAUUAAUAUUGAUAAUCUGAUCAAUAUAGAUAUAAUUUAAUAUAUAAAAAAUUAUUGAAUAUAUAUAAAGACAUAUAUUGAUUACUAAAAUUAGUAUUAAAAGAAUACGAGCAGCUAUUACGUUUUAGUAUUUGAAAUGUUAUUAUGAAAAGAAUUAUAUAGAAUUCGUUUAUUUCUCCGAAAAUAAAUUUAAUGUUUUUUAUUUACUAUGUUAAGUUAAAAUAUUCAAUGCAAUGUACAGGUUGUCUGCAAAAGUGUCGUGAGCAAAUAUAUCAGGUACAAAAAUAAAAAAGGUACAAAAUAUAGAAUACUUACAUGUGCGCGUAAAGUUCGUAAAAAUCUAUAUGAUAUGAUGUGAAAAUAAUAUACAUCUCUCAAUUUAUAUAAAAAAAUCAAAUUAAAUUGUGAUGCUUUGAGUUGAUUUUUAAAAUUUUAAUUAGUAAACCAAUUCAUAGAUCUUCGAUUUAUAUUUGUCAGGGUCUUUUUUGCCGAUUAUCCUGUACAAAUGGCUUGGACGUCACAUAAUUUUUACGAACUCUAUAUAUAUAUAAAUAUAUACGUACAAUUAUAGACGCCUACAAAAAAAUGUAUUAUAAAUGAAAGAAAACAAUAAUUUAUUGUAAAAAUACUAAAGUAUAUAAAAGAAUAUACAGAGACAUAUAUGUAAUAUAUUAAAAUGUCAUUAAUCAUAAACUUAUAUUAAAUUAUAUAUUUGUCAAGAUAAGCAAACGACGUCCAAGUCAAAACAUAGAUGUAAUUAUGUUUCAAUGUAUUUUUCUAAUCGUACUAUUUUUUGUAUAUUUUUGAAGUAUAUCCAAAUCAUAUUUAUCAAGAUUUGAAUCUCUGGUUGGCUGAUAUGGUGACUUAUGUGAACUUCCAAUACUUUGGUACAUAUUACUGAUAUUUUGAUACUUUUAAUAUAUUUUGAUAUACUUUUUUUUCUUUAUUUCACUUGUUACAUGUAUAAAACAUUUUUUUUUUUUUUUUUUUGUAUUAUUUUUUUUGUAUGUAGAAACAUUAGCGUUUAGCACGAAACAUUUGUAUAUUAGAUCUGAUCUUUUUUUAUCAUUGCAUUAACAAUUUUAUUAUUACACUGUCAAACAAUGACAUCAUGUUAGUGUAGGAAGCACAGAUUUAUAUUUAAAAAAAAAGUAUGAUAUAUACGAAACUUUUUACAAAACAGUGUUCAUUUUACAACGACAAGACAGCACAUGUUAUAUAUAAAAAAAAAUGAUAAAAAUAAUUAAACAGAGGGAAUACACUCGUUGAAACAUGUGCGCGUCUAUCGUACUAACUUUUAAUUGUACAUUACCUUAUUAUUAGUAUUAAUUAGUUUUCCAACAGAAAAAUGCAUAAAAAUGCAUGCUCUUAUUAAAGAUACAUUAUUAUGCGUGUUUCUAAUAAUAACAUUGUUUGAAUAUUUUUUCUACAGUAUAGAGUUUUCAGAGUUUAGCAAUCUGGUUAAAGAUUCUUUCAUCUCCCAUAAUAAAAUAGAGAUUGAAAGUAUGUAUUAUAUUGUGUUAAAAAUGUUAUGUAAAAUUUCAAAACGAUUUUGCCUUGUGUUUAUCAGCAGCAAUGAUAACGCGCAUUCCAAUACCUGUGUAAUAUCUCCCACGUCAAUAAAAAAAAAAGAAUAAACGACUAAUAAUAAAUAAAUAAAAAUCUUUAAACAAUCAAA